CGCCUUAUAGCUCGUUCUUGUUUUCGUUAUUUCAUUGAUAAAAAUGUGCUCGCUAUUGUUAUCCACUGAAACCGUUUUCGAUUUUUGACUUCUUAAAGUGGUGCUGAAAAAUGUACAGAAUCCUUGGUUUCAAAGGAUUUUUUAGAAAUAAGAAUAAAUUACUUCGCAUCAAAGGAAUUGGUGCUCAACUCAGUUCGGGUCAGAUUUGCUGCCAGAAAUUUUCUCAUUUAUGUAACCAUCACAACGCAGUAAUAUUGCAGAAACUUCCGCUGUGCUCAAACGAAAUCCUUACAACCAAAGCUGAUAUCAAUCGGGGACAUUCUACGACUACUUCUCUUGAAAUGCUGGAUACCAUUAAAAAGAAAAAACGCAAAAAGUCACAAUCUAGAAAGUUUGCCGAACUUUUAACAGUCAAUAAUACAUCCACGAAACAUACAAAAGCUUCUGUCCACCAGUUGAAAGCCCAAAAAUUAUCAGAUUUCAUAAAUGAUCACAUAUCGCACGAAUUGAUUGCUUCGAAAGACAAAAUGAGUAACGUUUUAGCACACGGGACAGAUAUCACGAGCCAUAAUUUCGAACAAACACCUGUUAUUUUCAUUGGAGAAAACAUGCAGGAAAUGAAUCUCUCCAAUGAAACUUUGGCUGAGAUUCUUGAAAGCUAUCAAGUUUUGAAAGAACUUCAUAGUAAGAAACCUCAGAGUGCAGGCAGCGCUGAAAAUACGAUAGAAGAAGAGCUCUUGGGAACAAGCGAAAUUUUGGUGGAAGAAGAAAUAAUAGACGUACCAGUUGUCUCGAAAAAGAGUAAAACGCAAAAGAAAAGAACCAGAAAACCCAAAAUCAAAAAUCCAGAUGAGAAGCCAAGCAAAGGGAUUUCAAAAUAUGAAAAUACCUCACAAGAAAUGUUAGCCCGCCAGAAAAGUUUUCACUUGACGUUGUCUGCUUAUUUGGAUAUUUGCCUUACAAGUGGAAUGAUCAAUCGUGCCUAUGCAACAGUUAUGAAUUACAGAUGCAAACGAAAAAUGAGCAUCGAUAUUUACAACAAACUUCUUCACGGCUACGCAGAAAAUGGCAACAUCCUAAAAUUGAAAGACAUUUUAAGGAUCGUAAAAGAAGAUGGCAUUGAACCGACUCCGCAAACUUAUGCCGCUAUUUUUGAGUGCCUUGGUCGCUUGGAAACAACUACAGAACUUAAAGACGAAGCCAGUGCAUACUUGUUGGAAGCGAACACCAAAGGUAUCGAAAUGAACGAUGUACUCGAUCACAGUAAAUUUACGACUGAUCAACGCGAGAUAGUUCUUAGCUUGCUUCGUGAAAUAGACCCCGAUUUUCAUCCACAUUACACACCACCGAUGUUAAAUUACGAUAACCAUUUACUAAAUCCACUCAAUGAACAUGUAAAACCAAUAGGUAAUACGGAAACAGCAAACAACGUAGAUAGUUCGGUAAACGGAUUCGAAAUUAUGCACUCAAAGGUUGGAUUUUCGAAAGAUCAGUUAGAUCAGUUCGCCAGAGAACAGUUUGAAAUGGAGUUGAAAGGGCAUUUAACGGUGAAAAGUAUCCAAAAGUUUCCUGAACCGAAUGAAGCUGUUAAGAAAUAUCGCAAUGAACUGGAAGAACUUCGUAAAACUUGGAGUAAACAAAUAUCGAAGGCUUUUCAUCGCGAUGUGAACUCAUUGAAGGCAGCUACAGAAACAAAAUCAAACAGAUCGAUUAACCUGUUUCCAUAUUUGAAAGCUCUCACUGUGGCACAAUAUACGGAUAUACUUCUGAAUGAGGCUCAACAGUUGAUUGAGGGAUCCGACACGUUUAGCGUCGGUGUCGCACAUCUCUACCGAGAUCUCGGCAAUCAGGUAGAGGCGCGCUAUCAUAUAGAGCAAAAGCGUAUGAACGGCGUAUUGGAUAAAACGUGUGAGGUUUACAACUUGUACUGUGACACAUUGGCGAAAGGAAACAGCAGCGAUAAUCCGCGGCAACUCUGGCAACGUUUAGUUCACGAGUGCCGACAAGAUGGGCCAAGCAUGGACAUAGCAAGUAUUGCCUGGCCAAGAGCUGCCGUUUUUGGGGUCGGCAAAUUUCUGUACAAUAUCAUGAAAAACGAUCUUAAGAUCAAUGUAAAUGCCAUGGCACCGGGAAAUCGUUCAGCAAGACUAGCACCCGCAUUCUAUUCACUGUAUCGUUAUGAAGUGAAAAGUGCAAAGGAACAGAUCAAGCCACAUCCAGUGUUAGUCAAACUACAUCGGAAAUCACAACAGGAUACCUUGAACUUCCCUAUUAGUUUUGUUCCGAUGGUGUGCCCACCUCAGCCGUGGACAACAGCUGUUAAUGGCGGAUAUUUAAUGGCAAAAUCAGAACUAAUUCGGCUUCCACAGCAAGCACACCAACAAACUGAGAGAAUCAAUGAAGCGAAACCCUCGGAUAUAUAUCCCACAUUAGAUUCACUCAAUCAGCUAGGCUCAGUUCCUUGGACAAUAAACGAAAAAGUACUGGAUGUAGUUUUGGAGAUUUUCAACAGUGGCGGUAAUGCUAAGCUUGAUGUUCCAGAGCCUCCCAGUUCAUUACCACCAAUAGUCGAAAAUAAACCUCGCAGUGAAAUGACAAACUACGAUCGGUUUAAUAUGAUGCGAAUGAAAAUGAACCAUCGGCGGAAACAAGGUGACAUGUACAGCUUGUGGUGUGACGCCUUGUACAGACUUUCGCUCGCUAAUCACUUCAGGAAAAAAGUUUUUUGGUUGCCACAAAAUAUCGACUUUCGAGGUCGUGUUUAUCCGAUACCGCCACAUCUAAACCAUCUAGGGCACGAUCUCGCUCGUUGCCUUAUGGUGUUUCAUCAGAAAAAGCCCUUAGGCCCAGAUGGUUACAACUGGCUCAAGCUGCAUUGUAUCAAUUUAACUGGUUUGAAAAAGCGAGAAUCAAUUCAAGAUCGUCUGCUCUACGCUGAAGAAAUAAUGGAUGAUAUUCUGGAUUCCGCCGAUAGACCAUUAACGGGUCGCAUGUGGUGGAGUAAAUCGGAUGAACCCUGGCAAACUUUGGCAUGUUGUAUGGAAAUCGCUAAAGUUUCACGGUGUCCCAAUCCUAGCGAAUAUCAGAGCGGCUUUCCCAUUCAUCAAGACGGUUCAUGUAAUGGACUUCAGCACUAUGCAGCGCUCGGACGAGACACUCCGGGUGCCAUCAGUGUAAAUCUAUCCACGUCGGACGUUCCUCAAGAUGUGUACAGUGCAGUGGCCGCUUUGGUUGAAGAGAAUCGAGCCAAAGAUGCAAGCAAUAAUGUCAAGGUAGCUCAAGUACUUGAAGGUUUUAUAAAGCGAAAAGUGAUCAAACAGACUGUGAUGACGACCGUGUAUGGUGUUACUCGAUUUGGUGCUCGAAAACAAAUAGCACGACAGCUGGAAUAUAUUGAUGAAUUUCCCAAGGAUUAUGUUUGGCCUGCAUCCAGUUAUCUCACUAUCAAAACAUUCAAUGCACUUAGCGAAAUGUUUACCUCAGCAAAAGAAAUUCAAGAUUGGUUCACCGAUUGUGCACGACUAAUUUCCGCUGUGCGAUCACAAAACGUAGAAUGGAUCACUCCCCUCGGACUCCCUAUAGUACAACCUUACAAUCGUGCAGACAAAUCUUUUCACAAUAAAUCGAAAUCGAAACUUCCCGAACACUUUGCAAUGGAUUUGUACGAAAAACCGAACAUUAUGAAGCAAAAAAAUGCAUUCCCUCCUAACUUUGUACAUUCACUUGACUCCAGCCACAUGAUGCUGACUUCACUGUACUGUGAGCGUGCCGGACUAACGUUUAUAUCCGUACACGACUGUUACUGGACACAUCCUUGUACGGUAGCUACAAUGAACAAGAUUUGUCGUGACCAGUUUGUUGCUUUGCACUCCAAUCCUAUACUAGAAGAUCUCUCCAAAUUUCUAAAGCAGAAGUACAGCUACGAUGAACGUGAAAUCACUGAUGAUGGUUCAGUAAUUGAUCUAACCAAACGUAAACUGAACCUUAUUCUACAGCAAUACCCAAACAAGGGGGAUUUUGACCUGCGACAAGUGUUAAACUCAGUUUACUUCUUCAGCUAAAACAGUUCUGGCCAAACAAUCGAUCUAGUCAUGAAGGAUUGUAGUACAAGCGCAGGAGAAAAAUCCCUAAAGAAACAGUUCACAUAUUGUGAUAAACAAUAAACAGUCAGUCGUGUAGAAAACAUGUGAAUUUUAAGCAGUCCCGAUUUAUUCGCAAUUUAGCAAGCGCUCCCUUUUACAAAUUCAGUGAAUAAAACAGUCAGUUUUCUGAAA